UGCAAGCAGUCUGAGACAGGCACUGAGUGAAUCAUUAGCCCAAACUGCUUCCCUGGGAUGAAUUUGUCUGGAGUCUAAAACACAGAGCGAGCGAGAACAAACACGCAUAUUUACUACAAUAUCUGAUUUAUUUAUUUUUCUUCUGACUUUUAAUAUAUAUAUAUAUAUUUUUUUUUAUUGUGGGGUUUUACCAAUACACCAAAGUGGAUGUAAUAUCUGGAUCUUCAGUCCAAAAUGCUGGUGGUUUCCCAGCGUAUACAAGCACCACGUAUGGAGCCAUACUUACCACUGCAAGGAUCCAUAAAGAGAAAGCUAGAUGAUGACAGCUCCCCUGUGUCCUCUGGAAUGAAUGAUCUACUAUAUUCGAGUAAUGGUAAAAGACUUUGUCUUGAUGAUGUUACACUUUCAAUGGGUCAGUCCCAAAAUACCAGCUCUAGUGUAGUUUGCUCAGAAUUGCAGCAUUCUCCGUUCUCGACCAACCACGGUUCUUCAUCCAUGGGAGUGAGCAGUCAUUCUGCUCUGCUGGAAAACAACCAUAUGAAUGGUAGGGGUAUGACCUCCCCAUUUUCUGUGUCACAGGGCACCGAAAUUGGUCAAAAGACUUCAUACGAUGAAAAGACCAGCAACCUGCAAUCUGUAGACCAAGAAUUGCAGGAUCUCUUGGAGGAACUUACUAAAAUGCCUGAUCCAUCUCCUAAUGAACUGGACCUUGAAAAUAUAUUGGGUAGCAAGGAUCCAAUAGUUAUAAGUCAUUCACAAUCAAGCUUGAGUACAACACCAAAGCUGUCCCCACAGACCACAUCUCACUUGGACAGCCAUAUCUCAAGCAAAGAUUUUUCUGCUGGUUCCCCUCAAAUUAGACCAUCAUCUGCUGGGACAAAUUAUACAGUUCCUCCUUCAAAUAAACCAGUCCAGUCACCAAUUCCCCCAUCUCAAAAUAAGAGCCAACCUCAAUCCAUGUUACCAGUAUCUAUGCCGAAUAUGCCUGGAGCAAACUGGCAUACACAGCAACUGAAACAGCUGGCUGCAAGUAAACAAGGGUCUUCAUCGAAGCAACAGGUGCAGACCUCAAACUGGCCGACCAUUUCACCUACAGGUCUAUCUCCACCUUACAGACCGGGUUCUUCUCCCCAGCAACCUUUCAGCCCACAAAAUGUUAUUGUGACAGGUAUGAACACAAACAAUUUACAAGGGAACAAUAUACAAGGAUCCCAAAGUGCUAUGCUCUCAAACAUGACUUCCACGAGCACUCCAACCAACAGACAUUCUCCUUCGUAUGUCUCUGAAAAGAUAACAAGCCCAGCUCUGAACCAGCAGCCUUUCAGCCCUCAAAACUCAAUGCUAACUAACAUUACGUCAAACAGCAACCCAGCCAAUGCCAUCAAAAGUCCACAAAACAACAUGGUGGCCUCCAACGCUGGACCAUCACCACCAUAUCAGCCUGAAAAACUUUCAAGUCCGGCACUUCAUCAGCAGCCAUUUAGUCCCCAGAAUACAUUAAUUUCCAGUCUCAACCCUUCCAACAAUCAGCCCAGUAUGCAAAACUCCCUUUUCAAGUCCAUGUCUACAAAUCAGACCAAAAAUAUGAAUAUGAUUAUGCAACAGUCAUCGAAUGGCAUGCAGCCUGGUAUGGUGAGCGAGACACCGGUGGCUCAUGAUCAGUUUUCUUUUAAUAACACCAAGCCACUUUCUCAUUUUGCACCUGAUUCUACAGGCCAAAAGAUGAAUUUAUCUUCAAGCCCCGGUUCACUAAUUCAUUAUCUACAGCAGCAACAGCAGCAGCAGCAGCAGCAGCAGCACCAGUCUGCAGCUGUGCAACCAACUCAACAAGUUAGCAACAACCAAUUUCUCCAGCAACAGAUACGGCAGCUUAUGCAGCCACAACGAAUUCAAAGACAAAUGCAGUCGAGUGGUUUACCUCCUCAAACGAGACCGGAUCCAAGUGCUGGAAUUGUUCCCAGAUUACAAGAACCAGGCUCCAUACCAAGUGCCGGCCCUGGGCCCACUCCACCCACAGCUAACGGCUACAUUAGGAACGCAAUCUUAAAGGAGCAGAUCAUGAGGAGGCAGAUGAUGCAGGUAAAGCAUCGACCAAAUAUGAUGGGUGUGACCCCUGAACAGCGCAACACAUUUGUAGCCCAGCAGAUGAAUCAAUUUCAAACACUUCCACAGACUUUACGUACAGACUGUGUCCAGCCUAUGUCAAUGCCUCCUCAAAACCAUCGCAUGAUCGCAUCAUCGCAAGGGCUUAUUCAGACAGGCAUGGGCUCUGGAAUAACUCCAACAGCCAUUAAUCAGAAUAGCGGGACAAUGGUGAUGAUGUCGCACAACACUGGAAAGCAGCAAGGAAUAUUUCCAUCCUCUUCAGAUUUUAAUAUUCCACUUAGACAGAACCAGAAUGCACUAAGUAUGCCCUCCGGCUGUCAAACAAUGCACAGCCAAUCUACAGUGCGACCGGGGAUGACAUUGUCCGGCUAUACUUCCAAUUCAUUAACAAACCAUUCUGCAGCUCAACAACACUUACGGCAGGCCAACAUAUCGAGAAUUCCAAAUGUCUAUGCCAACUCUUCUUCCCAGAUGUGGACGCAAGCUGGCGUUUCUAGAAUGACUGGUCAGAACCAAAUGGAUCCCAGCGUGCAACAAUUUGCAAACAACCCACUGUUUAACAAACAAAAUGUCAGACCAAAUAUGGCAAGUCAGCAAUUUACUCAUCAAGGUGUGGUUCCUCCAAACCAGAUAGCCCCUGGGGUUCAGAUUAGACAAAUGCAGAAACUUGGUAUUGCACAGGCAAAUCAAGGAGUUGGGUCUCUAAACAAUCCUAAUCUAGGAAACAAUUUGUCGAGGGGACAAUUGGCAGCUAUCAGUGCUAUGAAAUCAAUGCCACAAGGUGUAUCCACUUUUAACCAAAUUAACCCUGGACAACUUGGUCCGCCUAAUUACGGACCUCCGUCAGUCCAAACAGCAGACACAUAUGAACGGAUGAGUUCGGGAGCAGAACUUCAUCAGUAUGACUUUGUUCCUUCACAAAAUAAUUCUAUCUUGUCUGCAAACUGCAAUGAAGCAGACUUUAUUGAUUGUCUUAUGAAAGGUGGGACCACCAGCAGUACUGAUGAAGACUGGCUUAACAAUUUAACAAUACUUGAUGAUAUUUUGGGGCAACACACCCAAAAUCCCGGACCUGUGUAGACAAAACAUAUCUUUCAAUCAGUCACGUGACUGGAAAUCAAAAAACCUUUCAAAAUUGAGGUUAGCAAAGUGGUUAAUACCUCUUUUCUGAAAACAUGUACAUAAUUGAAAUAUUUUCUAAAUUAUGGGGUUUUUUUCCAACAAGAAAUUGAAGUAGUAAUACUUCUGUGAGUGAGUGUACAUACAAAUUAUUAUAGCAUAAUGUUUUGUUACAUUAUAGAUUUUUCAUUUAUAAUACUUUGUUUUAAAUAUGCAAAUAUUAUUGUUAGUGUCAGUAAUACUGUGUAUUACAAAUCUAAAAUAAUGGUUAUGUUUUUUGACAUAACAGAUGAUGUAGAGGUGUCAAGCAAACUGUAUAAAAUUGUUUAUGCCCAAAAUAAAUUACCUGGAAAAAUAAAGUAUAUUAAAAGUCCCAUGGGUUAUACAAAAUUAUGAACUUGAUCCUUGAAAAAUGAAACUGUGUAUUUUUAUCACAUUCAUGCAGUCUUCAAUUUGGUGUUACUUUUUCGUGUAUUUAUAUAAUAUAUAAAAUAUAUAUUAUGAAACACACCACAAAUAAGCAUAUAUUGCCGCAGUACAACUAUUCACAACAGAAAAUGAAAAAUAAGUUUUGUAAAAUUCUGUGACAAAAACAUUUUUGGUUUGCACACCUCUGUAUAUAUUUGUAGUAUACAGGUGACUCGUCCCCCCGGUUUCAAGGCUUUUUCACAAUUAUGUUUUACUGAAAAACUUUGUUUGAAAGAAAAAGCCUAGACAUGAUAUUUUGUCUACAAUUUUUUUUUUCUGGUCCUCCUAAUAUUAUCCUAUGUAUAUUUAAAA